UCCUCCUCCACCUCCUCCUCCUCCUCCUCCAGCUGAGCGGAGAGCCGUGGGUGAAACCCCCGCACCUCCAUGCAUCUCCCGGGGCCGCGAUGGCAGCGACAGAGACGGUCUGACAUCGUAGCUAUGUAGCUAAAUGCCUCACAGUAUCCGUAGUUAAUGUUAGCCUGGUGAUUCGUGUAGCUGUUUCCCACCAGUAGCUAGCUGUUUUUCUGCCCGGGACAGACGGCCUCUCUCCAGGAGGAUGCUGAAGCUGUUCGCCGCGCUGGUGGUUCUCGGGCUGGCCAUGGCGUGCAUCACCUCCUGGAUGCUGGACAGCUACGACACGGCAUGGCACCCGAAGCGGAGCAUCCAGCACCCGACUGCCGGGGAUGGAGAGGAACAUACCGGGAGCUCUCCACCAUUUCCCGACGGCGAGUUGAGCAAUAUUUUCUGGUUUAUACAGGUUUCCGACAUUCACAUAAGCAGAUUUCACGACCCAAGACGCGUUCCUGACUUUGAAAAGUUCUGCACUGAAACAAUUGAAGUGAUCAAGCCUGAUCUCGUGCUCGCAACAGGGGAUUUGACAGAUGCUAAAACGGAGAGUAAGGUGGGCUCGCUCCAGCACGAGGUGGAGUGGCAGGCCUACCACAACAUCCUGAAGAGGUCUCGUGUGAUGGAGCGCACGAGGUGGAUAGACAUCCGAGGAAAUCAUGAUGCCUUCAAUAUAAUGUCAUUGGACAGCGUCAACAAUUAUUACCGGAAGUACUCUGCUAAUCAGAAAAUAGGCUCAUUCCACUAUGUUCACAAAACUCCCUUUGGCAACUACUCCUUUGUCUGUGCGGACGCCACUCUGACUCCGGGACCCAAGAGGCCGUACAAUUUCUUUGGUAUUCUUAACCAGACUCAAAUGGACCUGCUGGACACGUUCAGAGCUGAGAGUCUGAAAAGCAACCAGUCGAUCUGGUUUGGCCACUACACCACCUCCACUGUCGUCUCCCCAUCUCCAGGAAUCAGAGACUUGAUGAGCACGCGUAUAGCCGUAAUCUGUGUGGCCAACCUGCACACGCUGGGGCCGUUUUUUUUCUCUCACCACAGUAAACAACGUGGGGGCACCCUGGAGCUGGAGCUGGGCGACUGGAUGGACAACCGUAGGUACAGGGUUCUGGCCUUUGACAACGACCUGCUGAGUUUCUCCGACCUGAAGUUUGAGCAGUGGCCAGCCGUGCUCAUCACAAACCCCAAGGACGCUCAGUACCUGCACCCCGGACUGGAGCCGCUGGGCCGAAUACGGAGAUCAACGCACAUCAGGUGUUUGUUCUGUGUGUGA